AUGAAGCUGCCAUUAGUCGCCGCCGCGGCAGCUGGCAUGGCCAAUGCUGCCUCUCUGCUUCCUGGUUCGGCCGACAUCACUGCCAGAGCUCUCCCUGAUGCCCCCGAUGGCUAUACCCCCAAGGAAGUCGCAUGUCCAACCACCAAGCCGACUAUCCGCGACGCAGACACUCUCUCUACGCAUGAGACUGAGUGGCUAAAGGUGCGCCGAAGGGCCACACUCGCCCCGAUGAAAGAACUUCUGGAUCGGCUAGACCUCGGCGACUUUGACGCCUCCGCAUACAUUGACAGACACUCGAGCAACAUUGACAACACUCCCAAUAUAGCCGUGGCCCUAUCGGGUGGAGGCUACCGUGCAAUGACCAACGGCGCCGGAGCCCUCAAGGCAUUCGACGCUCGGACGGAGAAUGCCACCGCAACGGGCCAUCUCGGAGGUCUCCUGCAGUCGUCGACAUACGUGUCCGGGCUGAGCGGCGGCAGCUGGCUUGUGGGCUCCAUGUUUGCCAACAAUUUUACCACGAUCAGCAACCUGCAAGCGAGCGACAGGGUCUGGGACCUAUCCAAGUCGCUGCUAGAAGGCCCCAACCAGCACCACAUCCAGCUGCUGAGCACCUACGACUACUGGAAGACGAUCAUCAAGCAGGUGCACAGCAAGUCCGACGCCGGCUACAAGACCUCCUUCACCGAUUACUGGAGCCGCUCUUUGUCCUUCCAGCUGAUCAACAGCACUACCGACGACGGCGGCGCCAGCUUCACCUGGUCUUCCAUCGCGGACAUGGACGACUUCAAGGCCGGCCAGUAUCCCAUGCCCAUGGUCGUCAUGGACGGCCGAAACCCCGGCGAGAAGAUCAUCGAGACCAAUGCCACCGUCUACGAGGUCACGCCCUGGGAGUUUGGAUCGUGGGAUCCAACCGUCUACGCCUUUGCGCCGCUGGCGUACCUGGGCACCGAGUACGCGAACGGCAGCGUGCACGGCGACAAAUGCGUGCGAGGCUACGACAACGCCGGCUUCAUCAUGGGCUCGUCCUCAACGCUCUUCAACGAAUUCCUCCUCCAAAUCGACUCAAAGGACAUCCCCCAUGUCCUCGAGGACGUGAUCGGCACAAUCCUCAAGGGCCUCAGCGUCAACCACGAGGACAUCGCCGUCUACUCGCCCAAUCCGUUCCACGGCCACCGCGAGUCCGGCGCAGACGAGGACUACGCGCGCACCAACGCCCUCUCCAUCGUCGACGGCGGCGAAGACAACGAGAACAUCCCCCUCCACCCGCUCAUCCAACCGCCCCGCGCCGUCGACGUGAUCUUCGCCAUCGACUCCUCAGCCGACACCGCCUCCUCCUGGCCAAACGGCACCUCGCUCGUCGCAACCUACCAGCGCAGCCUCGAGGCAUCGCAGAUGGCCAACGGCACCUCGUUCCCGCCCAUCCCCGACCAAACCACCUUCGUCAACCUCGGCCUGAAUAACCGCCCGACCUUCUUCGGCUGCGACCCCAAGAACCUCACUUCUUCCGCCUCCGCCUCCAUCCCCCCGCUGGUCGUCUACCUCCCCAACGCCCCCUACACCCACGCCUCAAACACCUCCACCUUCAAGCUCACCUACAGCGACGAGGAGCGCGACGCCAUGAUCACCAACGGCUACAACGUCGUCACCCGCGCCAACGGCACCCUCGACAGCAGCAGCAGCAGCACCUGGACCUCGUGCGUGGCGUGCGCGAUCCUGCAGCGCUCCACGCACCGCACCAACACUUCGCUGCCGGCCAUCUGCACUACUUGUUUUGAGGAGUACUGCUGGGACGGGAGCGUCAAUAGCACUGUUGUGGACGGGUACGAGCCCACGGCGUAUAUUACCGAAGAGUCCGCGGGUAGCUUGGGCAGGAGCUGGCCGGGUCUGUAUCGGGUUAUGGCGGGGAUGGGCGUGGGCGUGAUGGUGGCGAUGGGGAUUGCGUGGUAG